AUGCCUGGGAGCUCUAGAAUUAACCCCUUUCCUUCCUGUGACAUUUCCACCCCCAGAGCCCAGGCUGCGUUACAAGCGUUAGCAAAAUGCCAAGAACUGCAACGAUUCCUUCAAACAAAGAAUGCGCUGGAAGGCCCCAAGUCAGCAAACAACCAGAAGUCGGGAAAGGAGACUCUCCAGGCAGAAGACAGGAGGAUCUUGGAACAUCUGCAGCUUAUGCAGGGAUGCCCUUGGGAGCCUAAUCCCACAGCUGUGGAACACUACAGGACAAAACUGGAGCAAUGCUGCAAUGCUUCCUUCUGGCUACUAGUAACCAAGGAAAACACCCCAGUAGGAUCGCACCUCAUCUCCAAUGUGAACAAAAACUGGAAACAGUCAGUGAAAGCUGAGCUGGUGGAUCUCCUGCCAGAAAGAUCACCCUUUUCAGAUACUCGGUAUGGUCGCUGUGCAGUGGUGGGAAGCGGUGGAAUCCUACGAAACAGUGGCUGCGGAUGGGAGAUCGACCAAGCAGAUCUAAUCGUGAGGUUCAAUAUGCCUCCCAUGAACUUCUCUGAAGAUGUGGGAACCAAGACAAGCCUGGUCACCAUAAACCCCAGUGUCCUUGAUUUAAGAUAUACAAGACUGUCAGGCCGGCGGAAGCCUUUUGCGGAUGCUGUGAGUGCCUACCGAGGAGCCUUCUUCGUCAUUCCAGCUUUCUCCAUUCCUGGCCACGCCAACAUGUCCUACCGUGCUCUUUACACCAUGCAGGACUUCGGUCUUGUGGGACAGGUGACCUUCCUCAACCCACGUUACUUGGAUACGCUGAGCAAUUACUGGAAGGAUCAGAAUCUGCGGCCCAACCGGCUCUCAUCUGGCUUCGUGUUUGUCAGCGUGGCUCUGGAGCUCUGCCAACACAUCACGCUCUACGGCUUCUGGCCUUUCCAGCACGACUUGGACAACCAGCCCAUCCUUCACCACUACUAUGACAACAGGUUGCCCAAACCUGUCCAUGCCAUGCCGAGCGAGUUCUCACAUUACCUGGCUAUGUACGCCCAGGGUGCGCUACAUUUACGACUUGGCAAGUGUCAGCAAGAGGAGGAGGACAUGGCUUGA